GAAGACGGAUAUCUGCGGUGUGUGAUGGGGGGGGGUUGGGAGUGGGGGUUAAAAGGAGGGGUUUGGGAGGGGGUGUAAGAUGUGGGGGUUCAACAAAACAAAACAGCAUGCAUGCAUGGUGUACGUGCUUACCUAGGUAUAGACAGGAAGGAGGAGGAUUAGGGUUGGGGUUGGGGUCGUGUUUGUGUUUAUGCUACGCCGGGUCAGGCGAGGGCGGUUUCAACAAAGCGCAUGCGGGCGAGCGGGCGGGUGCGUGGGCGUUUGUAUAUGGUUGAUUGGCUGGUUUGGCAUGUCGCGUCGCCUGUAUGUAACGUAUGUACGUGUGUAUGGAGAAAAUUGCAUCCACAACAAAGGCGCUUUUGCGCGUGGAUGUGCGCGUAGAUGCGCGCGUAGAUGUGCGCGUAGAUCCGUACGUACAUGCGGGAAUUGGGUACACUGUAUGGGGGAUCUGCUUCUCUGUCUGCGGUGUAGAUACGAUGGGUGCGCGGUUGGGUGCUGUGGAAGUUUGAAGUUUGAAGUUUCUGCUGCUUUUUGUUGUGCUGGCUUGCUUUGUUCCGCGGUUUUGUUUGUUGGCGGUAGUUAUAGUGACAGGAGGGUGCGUUGUGUGCUGUGUGCUGCUGUUGUUUUGUUUCGGGCUGGCUUUUCAUGGCGCCAUUGAUUGCUGCUGCUGGUUUGGUUGCGUGCUGCUGGUUUUUGAGCGUU